AUGGAUACACAGCAAGCCGUUCAAUAUUUGGACUCGCUAAUCGGUCAGACGUUGCGAGUACAUACAACGGAUACGCGCCUAUUCGUGGGCACGUUCAAGUGCACGGAUGCGGCCCGCAAUGUCAUCCUCGCGACUACCUACGAGUACCGCUACCCCUCUCCCUCCAUCGUCAAAGAGGUCGCUUCCGGUGCGAAUGAUCCAGAAAACCGAAGCAAUGGGACAGGCGAUUCGCAGAACGUUAAAGCAAAUAUGACCAGUCGACUGAUCGGACUGGUGGUGAUACCCGGGCAACAUAUCACGCGGAUCGAACUGGAAGAGACACCCGAGCAGGUCAAAGUACGAGAUGUGCUACAGAAGUCAUAG